GGCUACUGGACCAAUGGAUCUCGACGACAUAUCCAGUGAAAAACAGACUAAAAAGAAGAGGAAACGUUGCGGCGAAUGUAUAGGCUGCCAAAGAAAAGACAACUGCGGCGACUGUGCGCCGUGUCGCAACGAUAAAUCGCAUCAGAUUUGCAAGCAGCGGAGAUGCGAAAAAUUGACCGAAAAGAAGGUCUUACAAGACAUCAAGAGCUACCGCGGCCGCAAGCCGCUCGGAGGCACCGUAGUCGCGCCCGUCGGGCUCAGUCCGGGCGUCCCCGCCGCGGCGUCCCCCGGCCCCGCGCCCGCCGCGCCAAGCCCCGCGCCUGCAACCACGCCGGCCAUGAAGCAGGAACACCCCAGUCAGCCGAUGGCGCCAAUGCCGUUCUACGCAGGAGACCCGAACAGGUUUCCGACAACCUGGCAGACAGACCCGUCACAAGGAUGGCAGAACCAAUUCAUCCAACAGUUGCCAACUCAAACGGGACAAACAACUUUGGACUACCAGGGCAACCACACGCCCUACGCAACGUCUCCGCAUUACCAGGCCAACACUACGUACACCGUCCAGAAUGUCGCUACAACAUUUGACGUUACGAAUAACACAUACUAUCAAGCAGGCGUGCAAGCUGUACCCGCUCCAAGACCACCGUCAAACAGAGGCGCCUACACUCCGGUUCCAUCUCCAAGAGCUCCCCACUAUACGACGGAAUAUCAACAGCAAUACGCACAACAAGCUCCUACUACGGGAGUAACAACAGGAAAUGAAUCUAGGCCGGCGUCUGCAGCGUCUUACCAAAGCGCAGUUCCAACCACCGCUGCACCUGUUUAUACAGUAAGCCAACAAAAUUAUGAUCGCGCUGAUUAUACGUCAGAGCAUUCAGAAGAUUACAAUAACGGUGACAAUACAACAAGCGAUUCCAAUAAUGACGGUGAUAGGCAAGAACAAAAUAACCAGAAUGGACAGCAUUCGGGAAACGCCGAGCCUGGAUACCUGCAGGGGAGCAACGGUCCGCGAGCUUCACUCGAUUGUAGCGGGUAUUCGGGCGGCUAUACGAGCGGGCAACAUAAUGAAAACAAUCAAUCACAAAAUCAAAACGAUUGGCAACAACGGCAAUGGCAACAUAACCAAAGAAUACAAAAUCAGCAAAUCCAAAACCAACAGCAAAUCAGUCAAAUGCAAAGUCAACAACAACAAUUACAAAAUCAAAUAAAUUAUCAGAACCAACAAAUGCAAAAUCAACAGUUACAAAACCAACAAAUUCAGAAUCAGCAAAUGCAAAAUCAACAAAUUCAAAAUCAACAAAUGCAGAGUCAGCAGAUGCAAAAUCAGCAAAUGCAAAAUCAGCAGAUCCAGAAUCAGCAAAUGCAAAAUCAACAAAUGCAACAGCAAAGACAAGAGGAGUCUGAACAACAGAUGUUCUCUCAAUCAGACAGGGUUAAUUUGAACUCGAGACUGAAAACAAUGAUAUUGAAUAAACAAAACCACUCUCGCGAUGGCACGAAUACGCCUCCUGACAAAGGUGACCCGGGAGAGGGGCCACCUCGAGGGUUAGACGAUAGAAAAGGCUGUGUAUCCGUCGCUGAUGAUAGAAAUACUACCGGUCAUUUUUUAUCGUAUAGCCACCAUCUCCGAGGUAAUUACCGCGUAGGCAAUCAGGUAUAUCCUGUUGCUGGUAAUUAUACACAAAAUUCCCACACUUAUAGUGUGGGUGAAUUCGGAGGUGGUGGCCACCACGUAUGGGAGGGGGGGACGCAAGUCUCGAGAGAUUAUGAUAAGCACAAUACAUCGGAGAACGUUUCUAAAGCUCCUCAAAAGCUGCCGUCGUAUUCUGAUAUGAGAGGUCAAUAUAAUAGUUAUACUAAUGCACAUUAUGAUGCGCAAAAAUAUACGGAAAUGUAUGCUAAUGAUAAUAUAAACUAUAAUCAACAACAAGAUAGUAAAGAUUUUCAAUCUAAAAUGCUCAUUGGACCUGUAUCGGAAAUGAAUCAACAAAAUUGCGUGCCACCGCGGGACGUAAACGCACAAAAGAGAGCUUAUGAAAGAGAAGCAUAUGAUGCAAAAUUUAAACAUCCAUCUGCACCUUUAAUACCUAAAUUAGAAGCACCUGACAAUUACCCAUAUCAAAAAGACGAAAGAAUGAAAUCAGAACCACAACAAAGAAUGGUAGCCAAAAAUUCUUAUCCUAACAAUAUAAUUGACCCUAAACGAGAUUAUCAAAAUGGAGUUAUACCAAGAUCACAACCUAAUGUUUUACCACCGAUUUCUACUAUUAAGCAUGAAAGUUUUAAUCAAAAACCAGUAGGCUACCAACAAUUUCAAAACUAUCCUUUAGAAAAGAGGCCUGAAACUGUUGAGAAUUACGCACAAAUGCCACGGCUACAUGAAAAUAUGGGGUUUCAGCGAUAUAACAGAAAUUUCGAACUCAAAACAAAUAAAGAUGACCGAAAAAUUAUUCCAGGUCACGUACCGGCGGAACCAAAGCCCCCUUAUUAUAUAGAGCAAAUAAAAUCGGAACAUUCACCACCAGGACACAAAAUAUAUAAAAAUAUGAAUUAUGGUCCACCGAAGAACGAACCGUAUAUGUUCGCUGGUGACGGAGGACCCGCUGCUAUAACAAAUGAAAUUGGGUAUUCAUGCUGUAGACAAGGUUCGACAAAGAAGCCCCCACCUGAACAUCUUAGAGAUGGGGCAUGUCCAGGACUUCAAACGAAAGAUGAAAUAUUAGAAGGUGAUCCUGAUUCAACUGAAAAAUUAGACCCAAAAGUUCAAGCUAAACGCAACACACCCACGCCCGAUAUUUAUUCGAAAAACCCAAAAGAGAACCAGUUCAAUUACUCUAAAGAAUAUCUUGAAAAUCUUGAGAGAUUGCGAAAUAAUUCAAGAACAGAAGUACCAGAUUGCAACUGUUUUCCUGCGGAUAAAAAUCCGCCCGAACCCGGAAGCUAUUACACACAUUUAGGUGCAGCAUCAUCUCUCGCAGAAUUAAGAAAAGAUCUAGAAGCUAGAACUGGAUUAUCUGGCAAGGAAUUGAGGAUAGAGAAAGUCUGUUACACUGGCAAAGAGGGCAAAACAGCUCAAGGCUGUCCUAUGGCCAAGUGGGUCAUCAGGCGCGCAAACUACACCGAAAAGGUUUUGGUCGUCGUAAAAUUCCGUAGUGGCCAUAAAUGUGCAACGUCCUGGAUAGUAGUGUGCCUCGUGGCCUGGGAGGGGAUUCCUCAAUCUGAAGCUGACUUGGAUUAUACGCUGCUAUCACACAAACUUAAUAGAUAUGGCCUGCCCACAACUAGGCGAUGUGCUACUAACGAGAAUAGGACUUGUGCAUGUCAAGGCUUGGAUCCAGAAACAUGCGGCGCUUCCUACAGUUUCGGCUGCUCCUGGUCCAUGUAUUACAAUGGAUGCAAGUACGCCCGUUCAAAAACCGUCCGCAAGUUCCGACUUUCGGUCAAAACUGAGGAGAGCGAGAUUGAGGAGCGCAUGCAUGUGCUGGCGACAUUACUCAGUCCCUUGUAUAUGAACUUGGCACCAAAAUCCUUCGACAAUCAGUGUCAAUUCGAGAAAGAAGCGUCUGAUUGUCGGUUAGGGUUCAAACCGGGACGACCUUUUUCCGGUGUAACAGCAUGCAUCGACUUCUGCGCGCACGCGCACCGCGACCUGCACAACAUGAACAACGGUUGCACAGCGGUAGUGACGCUCGCCCGGCACCGCGCGCUCGGCGCCGCGCCCGACGAGCAGCUCCACGUGCUACCGCUAUACGUGCUCGAUACAACUGACGAGUUCGGGUCUAAAGACGCACAAGAGGAGAAGAUGAAGAGCGGCGCGCUGCAAGUGCUGGACAAAUAUCCAAUGGAGGUUCGAGUUCGAUCAGUACCUUUACAACCUUGCAGACGUCACGGCAAAAAGCGUAAGGAGGAAGACAACUCAGAUUCUAACAAUUCGUCAACAAAUACUCCACAAGCGUCUCCAAACCAGAAGAAGUCGCAAUGUUCCACACCGGGCCCCAAAACUCCCCAACCAAAUGAUUGUAGAAACAUCGCUAGUCCGAGAAGUCAAAACAGCGCAUCACCACGAGCAACUACUCCCGCCUUACACCAGUCUAACUCUUCAGCGUUUCAACCGAACCCAAACAACCCUCAUUAUAAUUCUGCCUUUGUAAAUCCAAAUAUGCAUAACUCUAAUCCCAAUCUUAUAAAUCCAAAUAUGAGUAAUCCGGCUCUUCUAGAUAUGGCGUCAAUGAUUGAUAACUUCACCGACGCACAGUUACAAAGUAAUCAAAUAUCGAGUACCGUGUUAGAUUCGCCGUAUAAUCCUUAUGAUCAAAGCUAUAAUAUUCAUAACCAGAAUAAUUUAUACAAUCCGAAUCACGCACCACCCAUGGUAGACGCUAAUUGCCAAAACACAAACCAAAACCAAUUGCCUAGUUUUGCAUCUGGUCUUCAAAAACGUGAGCAACAGUUUAAUGCUCCCAAUGUUCCUGAAAUAAAUAAUGCACAAAAUCCUUGGCCCGAUUUUGGUAAUCCUGAAAUGUUUAAUAACGUUGUUAAGGAAGAUCCAGAUUCUACAACCGCUCAUUUAAAUAUGACAUCAAAUAAUUACAGUCCAGACUCCAAUAGAAGUGAUACAAACUCGGACCAAACUAAAAAUACUCCAGAAAUUGAUAAGCAAAGUUUAAUUCCCGAUAUAUCACAAAAAAUGCCUGAAUUUGAUAUACCCAAUUCUCCUAGAACUGAAAUUUCUCAUAAACCCCAAAAUACGCCAGAAUCCCCGGCUUCCUCGCAUAUAUCAGAAAUUAAAUCACCAAAUAACGAUCCAUCUGCUGCUGGUGAUGCUCGCAAGAGUGUUUGGAGAUCGCCAGAACAUAGAAAUUGGGAUCCUUCCAAGCAAAAAGACGCUGUAAUUGACAAUGAAAACGCAGUAUUUAGAGUACCAAAGGCGAGGCCACCAUCUAGGUCGCAUGUAAAUAUUCCAGAAGGCUUAGAUCAAUCCACAUUUUUAAAACCGUAUCCUCCUUCUGAUAGACCUCAUUUAAGUCAGGGCUAUGAACAUAGAAGUCCCUACGAUAGCCGGACAAAUUCUCAUCCUCAAACACCGACCCCACCAGCCAAUUACACAAUUAAUCACGACGAAUCGAAUCAAAAUUCAACAAUGUCAAACAAGCCAGAAACAACAAGCAAUAACUACCCAGUGAAUCAAAACACAUACGGUAAUCAGUCUCCUAUUCAAGGUUAUAGUAAUUACCCAACGGUGGGAAAUGCUUAUGCAUUUUCAUCAAAUCCCUACGGCCAUUUUAAUCCUUAUGAAAAUUCCUAUAACGACUAUAAUAGCAUAGCCUAUUAUAAUGCAGAAAAAUAUAAAAGGGAAGAGUUAAUUAGAAACUCACAUUGUUACAAUUCGUACGGUUAUCAGUACAACCCAAAUUUCGCUUCAAAUUUUUAUCAAAAUCCAUCUCCAAAUUGGUGUCAAUCUUCACCUAAUUGGUGUAUAUAUCCACCACCAUUUUCCAUACCUUAUCCGCCGGAACCACCAAAAGCUGAACCUAUUGGAGAAGUUACAGGUGUCUCCGAUAACCUGGAAUGCUUUAAAGAUAGUCAAAUGGGAGGUGUUGCGAUAGCAUUGGGUCACGGCAGUGUUCUUUUCGAAUGCGCUAAACAUGAAAUGCAUUCCACUACAGCAGUAAAAAAUCCAAAUAGAGCAAAUCCUACCCGAAUUUCGUUAGUAUUCUAUCAACACAGAAAUUUAAACCGCCCCAAACACGGUCUUGAAGAAUGGGAAGAAAAAAUGAGGUUAAAGAAACUCGGCUUGAACCCACCAACGCCAGGUACACCCGGCCCCAAUUCUAAUUCUGUUUCCCCUGCCUCAACGCCUACCCCUGAUCAAAGACAAACUCCUAAUCCUGAAAAGUGGAAAAAUAAUGAGAAUUAUAUACCGGGUGGGUAUAGCUCAUUGACUGCCUUAGUAGAAGCUACCAAUACGGCUAAAAAGAAAGGGCAAAUCAUGCUCAGGGCUGACACACAAACGACGAUGUCUUGGACGACUUUGUUUCCGAUGCAUCCGUGUACUGUGACAGGUCCUUACCAAGAGUCGGGCACCUGACGCAAGCCGGGCCCGUCGGCCCAAUGUUCUUCCAAAAGACGGAGUGAAAUCGCUUCCUUAGCAAUGUAAGGUAUACGAUGCCUUUCGAUUCAGGUCUUCUAGAGCAAGCGUGCUUUCCAAACGUUUUGUAGUUCCUCGUUUUAUAAUAUUAAAAGUAAGCUCUCGAUUUUUCGAUAGACUGGUCCAUUGUUCCCGCGAGAUUCCACUAGUGCAUUUACAUCGGAAUUGACUACCAAUUUAUAUGACGUAUUUUUUUUUCAAGUUAAAUCAAGUGAGCUAUCAAUCAAAGAUAUAUUAUUAAUUUUUAAUAGUGUUUAUCGCAUUUCAACUAGUCUUACGUUACUACGUUAGUAUCGAAUCGUAUUUUUUAAGACGAUAAUUGUAGUUUUUUUGUAUAUUCUUGUGUUUGUAUUUAGUUUAACCGGUGUCUCAAAUUACGGAAUUAGUUUAUUUUUAUACGCUCUGUCAUAAGAUAGAAUUGUCUGCAUAUUUUGUCGGUUUUAUUAUAGCGCAUGAUAAAUUUUAUGCGAUGCAAUGAUCUCAUAAACUAAUAAAUCUACAAUUAAUUCACUAUUCAGAGCGAAAGUACAAACAACGUUUAAUAUAUUUAUCUGUGAGACGACGCGGCCGCGAGGAGACUAGCACGUUCGACGUAGUAUUUAUUUGUAUUUUUGUACCUUUAUCUGUGUAUUAGUUACUUUAAUGUUAAUUUUCAUUCCUCUAUACAUUAGCGGUUGUUUUUUGGCGUUGUUUUAGUGAUUUAAAUGGCAUCAUGUCGAUACGUGUAUCACAAACGUAAUUGAGUGCUUUUCUAUUAGCUUAAGACGUGUGUAUUUUUAACUUUUUAGAAUAUUUAACUUAUUUAUAUUGUAUUACGUGAACCAUUAUGAAAUCAUUUUCUUUGUAAUAAUUUAGUGUUACUGUAGGUAUUAAUAUUUAAUAUAUUUGCUUUUACAUCUAUGACAUUAAAUUAUUAGCAGAUUUCGUAAGCCUUCUUUACUUUCAACUCUAGUGCCUGUCUCUGGCUUCAACCAGAAAGUUAACUUGUAUCGUAUUUAGAUAAAAAAAAAUCAUUUUCGAACUUUUAAAAUGUGACCUUAUAUUUUAUGGAUUACAUUAAAUGAACUUUUUCUAAUUUUAGCGAUGAUAAAAUUUUAUAAAUUAGUCAUACAAUAAAAGAUGAAUAAAUAAAAUACAUAAGUUUAUAUAAUAGUGUUUGCGAAAAAUUCAGGCGCUUGGAAAGUUUAUAAAGUAGGCAUUAUAUUGAAAAUGAUUGAAAACAUACUGAUGAAUAGUUAUUAAUAUAUAAUUAGGCUAAGAAAAGUUUGUUUUAAAGAUUAAACUAUUGAUAUAGUUUAUAUUUUUUACGUGUACGUAUUUAUUGAAUGGUAAAUUUAUUGGGACGAACGUGAAAUUAUUUAUAGGUUAUAAAGUUUUGAGAGCAAAACUUUAAAAAAUAAGCAAUAAUAGACAUCGGGGUCUAUGUACAUUGUAAUGUAGGAGUGAAAAAUAAAAUUAAUAAACGAAUGGUGCGAUAUUGUCGUCGAUCUUAUGGAUAUGCUUGAAAUUUUAAAUUGUAAUCGUUUGCCUAAAGUUAUUCUGAUAUUAUUUAUGUAUGUCAUUGGUAAAUGCCCAAUUCUUGCCACGGACGUCGUAACGUGUUCAUUUUGUGAAAUAUGACAUAUCAAAGCAUUCGCAAACGUCAUCAUAACUCGUAUCAAAUCUUCUGUAUUCACUCGAAUGUUGUUUAUGCACCAACUUAUUUUAAUUUAGUUACAAAUUACGAACAGCAAUGUUAGACUGCAUUCAAUUCGUUUCUUACAAUAUUUUAUUUUUUGUCCGAAAUUGUAUCAGUUUUAAAAACGGAUACUCAAUACUCUUACAAAAAACUUUUUGAAUAUAUUUUUUCGAUAAACAAAAUGCUUUUUCAGUUUAAUUUGAAUGCAGUCGUAAGAAGGUUGUAAUACUAAUAACUUAGUGUAUCCUCGUGAGUUUUAUAAGAAAUCAUUAGGUUUAGAAACCUGUGAUAUACGAUUAGAUCACGUGCGUUUGACUGCUUGUAUGUCUCCAGUGUGUUUGUAUGUAAUCGACGGCACAACUAUAUUUUUGUUAAAUGAAUUUGCAGAGGCGACGCGUGAAUACGUUUCUAAUUUUAAUUGGUCAUUUAAAGUCGUCAUAAAAAAGUUAGCAAGUAAUAAAAAAAGGUUGUAUCGAAAUAGUUUUAUAGCAAUUAUAGUGCGCAUGUACACAAAUAAUAUUCACACAGGCAUUCGUUUUUCAAAUCGUGUUCAGUGUUCACGCCGCCUCUCAUAGUACCGUCAAUGUUGCCGCAACCAAAAAUCGACCAGUAUUUUAAAAUUAAUUUGUUUUACCCUCGGUGCGGUGAAAUGGGUUUACCAAUGUAUUUCGUGUUACACUUGGUCGUUACGUUUCAGUUACGACGAGCCUUUGUGUAAUAUUUUAUUAUCUUCUGCCAAAACAAAAGAUGUGUCAUGUAAAUAGAACUACCAUUAUUUAUUAAUACAAUAAUUUAAAAGACA